AACGUUUUUAUGACGUCAUCAAGAAGCGCCACGGCGUCUAUGCGGCUAACUGGUUAGCCGUGUUAGCUUUCGUUUUGACUGAAGCCUGAUCUGGCUGCUUCACCGCUCAUGUCGCCUGCUGUUUUGCCGUGUUAGCUGGCCCAGCAGCCGAAGAGUUUAAGCGAAAGCACCAGCAGUGAGCCACCAUGGCUGAGGAGGAGGAUUUAUCCCUAAAACUUCCCCCGGAUGAGCUGGUCCUCGGCACCGGAGUGUUCGUUCCUCCAGAAGGUUUAUGCUGGCUGUCUGUGCUCUUCUGCCUGCUGCUGGCCUGCUCCUAUGUGGGCAGCUUGUACAUCUGGAGGAGUGACCUGCCCAGGGACCACCCUGUUGUGAUCAAGCGGCGCUUCACCAGUGUGCUGGUGGUGUCAGGCCUGUCCCCUCUGUUUGUCUGGGCUUGGAGAGAGCUUGCUGGGAUCAGGACUUUCCCUUCAUUGCUGGCUCUCAUGGGGAUCCGGUUGGAGGGCCUCAUUCCUGCCAUCAUAUUUCCACUACUGCUCACCAUGGUCUUGUUUCUGGGGCCCCUGAUGCAGCUCGCCAUGGACUGUCCCUGGAGCUUCAUGGAUGGCAUCAAAGUGGCGUGUGAUCCGUGGUUCUGGUCCCUGUGCUUCAGUGACAUGCGUUGGCUGAGGAACCAGGUGGUCGCGCCGUUGACAGAGGAGCUGGUGUUCCGUGCCUGUAUGCUGCCCAUGUUGGUGCCCUGCGCAGGACCAUUUGCCGCUAUCUUUACCUGCCCACUAUUCUUUGGAGUUGCCCACUUCCAUCAUGUGAUUGAGCUGCUGCGGUUUAGGCAGGGCACUCUGUCGGGAAUCUUCUUAUCUGCAGUGUUCCAGUUCUCCUAUACCGCUGUGUUCGGGGCGUACACAGCGUUCAUCUUUCUCAGAACAGGUCAUCUGAUGGGCCCGGUGUUGUGCCAUUCCUUCUGUAACUACAUGGGUUUUCCUGCCAUCAGUGCAGCCGUGGAGCACCCACAGCGCCUCACCGUUCUGUCCUCCUACCUCCUGGGUGUCGUUCUCUUCAUCCUGUUCCUGUUUCCCUUCACGGACCCCUCCCACUACGGCCUCCCCACUCCGGUCUGCACACUGGCCCCCUACCGCAGCUCCCUCUGUUUGUCCUGAUCACAGCACUUCUCCUCACACCAUGUCCUAGUCCACUUUGGGAUACGGGGGAGGUAGUGACAUUAGCUCCCAGUUCAGGUCACGUCCAGCCAAGAGAUGUGCCCGUUGCCAUGGAAACGCGCAGGGAGCAGAUUGGGUGCUGAUAAAACGCGGCACAGUCACGUUAGAGCCAUUAGCUGUGUGGGUCGUGGUGCAUCUGGUCGUGCAGGAGGGCGCUCGUGUUAUUGCUAUUAUUGUUAUUGUUAUUAUUAUUAUUAUUAUGAUAUUGCUAUUAUUAUGAGGUAAUUUGGACGUUGCUUUUUAGACAGAACACUGAAGGACAGGUUCACCUGAGACGUUACACUGGCAGUUUGGAUUUGUGGUGCACUCGGUUACAAUCGCAAAUAUAUUUUUUAUGGUUUAUUAUUUCACAUGGUUCCUGUUUUGUAGCUUUGGCCUUUAUACUACCUCUGUCAAUGUAGAUUUAUAAGUGAAAGUUUUUGGGAGAGAGCUAGUGCAGUAAUUACCUCAGUGGAUUAUCGUUAGGGCAACAGGUCAUAAAGUUGGAUGGGGAAGAUAAUGUUGGGGUUAUUUGAAUAUUUACAUGUCCUAUUAGACGAUUAAUUGCUUUUAUAAAUUCCACAUAAUCUAUCCUUAACUGCUCCACUCAAGCUGCAGCAAAGACUUACGGUCACAGUUCGAUCCCAGGUAUUUGACAUUAGCUCUAUCAAUGUUUUUAAAGCAGUCCAAAACGUGAACAAAGGCCAAAGCUAACAAAAUAAGACUUCUUAUCGUCCAAACAAUCUGAAAUCAUUCUAGCUGUGAGGGUCCAUUACUGCAUCUUUAAAAGCAUAUUCUGUGUUUUUUGCUUAGAAAUAGCUACCCAUCUUUUUUUGUUGAUUCCUCUUAAUGUUUACUGGUUCAAAGUGGUGAGAAUCGGGCUAAUAGUGAGACUGUCAGGAAUUCUCUAUAAGCUAUACACAUACUGUGAACAUGUGGGCUGCUGGGCUCGAGAGCAAUAAAUCACUGACGACAAGUUGCUGAAUGUAGGCUUUCUAGACAUUUAGCAGCUAAUUUUUGCCAUUUUAAACUAAGAAGUCUGUCAAAGUAUAAUAUACACAGAUAACAUAUACAGGCAGGAAAGAUCACUGAGGACAUUUUGAAAGGUAUUUUGAAAUGGAAACAGAGUAGGAGUAUGUCUUUGGAGAUUUGACUUGUAUUUGAUAUAUCUUACAGUCUGGUGAAAUUGUUCCAUGGUUUUCUAUUUAUAAGGAUUAGAUGCCAAUAAGAGCUGAGUUAUGUGCUAGAAGAAUUCAAGUUUGUUAAGAAUUCCUGCUAAAGUGGCCAUUGAAAACUGAAAUGGUUCCAAAAUCAUUCUCCUGAGAUUUGUGAGUUCACAUUCUCAUAGAAGUCCAUCUUGUUCAGGUCAAAGUGAUGCUGGGGAAGUAAUUUGAUAAACAACUCAGCGUGGAAAAGUACGUGACUUUUCCAUGAACAAACUUAAGAGGGUUUAGUGUAUUUAGUAUAGCAGAAGUUUUCUAUGUGUUUAAACAACUAUUAAAGGUGCAAUUUGUAAUUUUUCUGGUGGAGGGUCCGUUAAAUGCUUUUUUUUUUUCCAUGGGGAUGUUAUUGCUUUGUCUGGAAUGCUUCUCAGUGUGGUUUUAAACAUUUCUAUCUUCAUGGAGACCAAACCAGAUCAAGUCACAGGUCAGAUCUCUGGAGAGGCAAUCCUACUCACAGUCAGAAUGCCUGUUUUUCUAGUUUUUUUUUUAUUUUUUUGAGCAGUUAAACAACCUGUACCCCCAACCAAAAAGUUACAUACCUUUAAGGCAAUCCAUUUCAGUUUGAACUAUUUCACUUAACUGUAUGUAUACGUUUACAUGCCAGCAGGGGGAGCCAGUGUUGUGCGCGAGUCCCCUUAUCCUGCUCCCUCUUCCAUCUGUUUAUCAGUGCCUCUCAUAUAAGUCAUUACUGCAGAAGCCAAUUUGUCGGAAGUUAGAGGAGAUGGAUUUGAAGUGUGCGGAUAGAGACUCUACCUGCUCCUUUUGCAUCGCUCUUAUGUGGACCUGUAUAAUUGCUCUGUAUGCUCUGUACCACAAUGGAGCUUAAGAGCCGGGGCAAUUACCUGAUCUCAGUCCAAUUUAGUAUGAAACUGUAAGGCUGUGUUGCAUUCACAUGGAGUCAGAGCAAAUGGGGAGACCAAUGUUACUUUAGGUCAGUAGAUGAGAGCACGAUAAGAUUGGGAAAGGCAGCCCGGAUGAUGUCAAUGUAUAAAAAACAGAUCACUUGGGCAAAUCCCUUUUAAAGCUUUUACCUUGUGGAACCUAUGCUGGCGGACAGCACAACAAGCAUUUUCAUCUGUAUACCCGAAUUUAAAGUAUUUAGAAAAGUUGUCACCUUUUACCUAAAUGUUUGAAAGCAAUAAGACAAGUAUUAUUUAUCUUUAUUAUGAGAAGUUUGUGACAAGAAACCAGACUGCACAAUUGUUAUGUUAGAAAAAAAUUGUCAAACCUGUUUAGAGGUGGGUAGAGUGGCCAAAAAUGUACUCAAGUAACAGUAACAUUACUUCUAAAUAAUAAGUACAAGUAUAAGUACAUAAGUACAAAGUAGUAGCUUGGAUUCAUCAGCUUUAUAGAAACCAUCUGUCAUCACAGAGUUAGGAUUUAUUCACUCGACGGUAGGCAGGUACUUUUUAAAAUUUAACUCAUCGCUGCUAUUUGGUUGUGAUGUAUGUAAUGUGCCGCUAAAGUGGCAACUAAUAUAUUAAGCUUUUCCCAAAUCCCGUAGGAAGAAGGGCAAUAACGUCUUUCGCCUUGAUAAAUUUCACCAAACAUUCUCCUUGUUCCGGCUUUAAAUCCUCGAUCUUGGGAAUCGUUGCCAACACAGAAUGUCUGGCUCUUUGCUGAUUGGCUGGUGUCCAGACUCACACUUCGGGGUUCUUGGAAAUCGUCUAGUGUAUUCCGAUUCCUGACCUAGUUGCUGGAGAGAAAUUAAAAUGAGUGGAGGCACUAGGUGGCACCAGCCUGGCUAACAAAGUAGUGGUCCAAGAAAUUAAUCAACUUGGGGAAAGUAAGAGUAAUUGAAAGAGUCACUGUUAAUGUAAAGUUAAUGUAAUUUGAAGGAGAAAACAUUAAAUAAAGCACAAAACUUGGUAUUUUCAAAGGGUGGACACAAGAAACACAAAUGUUUAAAUAUUUUUGUUAUCUAAAGCUUUUGUCACUUGUAGACUUACUCACAGUGGGAAGAAUAGCCAAAACUUGUAUUCAAGGAACUUCAAUAAAAUGUUACUCAAGCAGGACUAAAAGUAAGCUGCUAGAAAAGUACUCAAAAAGUUACUAAAGUAAAAGCAGCUGAGUAAAUGUAACUACCAGUACUACCCACCUCUGAAGCUGGUAUUGGGCUUCAAAUCAACUUUUCAAAUCAACAUUUACUCCUCCGCUAAAAAUCUCGGUAAACCCUGAACCUUCUGCCUCGUUCCAUGUGAAAGCAACAUGAGUCACUAGUAGAUGUUGUUUUUAUCAUUGUACAUAAAAACAUUAUGAGUUUUUGAUCGAUGCUCGGAAAUGACUUUCUUGUUGUCCGUGUAAAUAUGAAAUCGUUGAAUGUAUUUGACUUUUGACUCAGAAGUCCAUUUUGAGUCAUCCGAGAGAUAGAAAAGUAAAUGAGAAGUGUCAAGUGCUCAUGCUAAAACUCUAGCUAAACUUACACAUUGUAUUUCUACCCAGCAGUGUGGUCAAAUGUGAGAAUUUUGCAUAAUCUAUUUUUGCUAGGCUAUAUUAGCGGCUUGUAUUUUCAUAUGAACACUGAUGGAGAACUAGUCACACUUGAGUCAGCUGCUUAGACAAUACUCCAAAGGUUUCUACUGCACUAUAUUUUAUAAGCAAUCAGAUCUAUUUUGAGAUGGAACAGCGGUCAGGUGUUCAUGUAUUUUACUCACACAGUCACUUCAAAAUGACGCCAGUGUAUCGUGUUUUAGUAUGACAAUCUUUUACAGACUUUGGAAUCACUGCUGAACACAGAUUUGUAAAUAAAUGUUUUAUAAUAAAUUUAAUAUUUAAUCGGU